UGUGUCCGCGACCUAUAAAAACGAUGCUGCUUCAGACAGGACAGUUCACCUGCUCGACCAGUCCGGGAGACACUGCAGCUGAAACUAUGGACCUCUUCUCUCUGGUGUCGGUGGUCUUGCUGUUGGCUGCACCCGUCAGGCCCCAGUCGAUGCACCCUUCUCGCGUUAACGACUACGUGGACGAGAUCCUGGAGGAUAGGCUUCCAGGCGAGGUGAACAGCCAGAUCCAUCUGCCGGCCUUCACUCGUGACGUCAGCCACGACUCGCACUACGGUUCGGUACUGUUCCAAUCGACUAACGUCAGCAAGCACGAGCGCAUGAAGCGCUGGGUCGACUGCAACGGCUCUGUCGCAGAGUUCCCCGAGCGAGUCGUCAUCUCAUGCGACGUCAGGUUCCCGGGCAUUCUGGUGCGCAUGGACAGUCUGCUGACGUACGACAGCAACGACACCUACCGGGUAGCAGCUCGCAUCUUCUACCCGCUCAGCACUCGGCUCGUCCUCCAGUUCGCGCCCUGGGAAAACCCUUCGGCCAACCUGACUCGACUGAGCGGCUUCGAGAAGCUGGAGGCCCGCUUUUGGGGCCUUGACAGGAGCGACCCCAAAAACCAGAAGCUCGCCUGGGGAUACGAGAAGGUCGCCAAGGACAUCGUCCAGCAGGUGGUCGCCGAACAAGUGGCACCGGCGCUGGGUAGAGCAGCCGCCAAGUACCGCUUCCCGUGCUGUCCGGACAGACCGUAGAGGAAAUCUCGAGCGUGCGAUGCGUAACGAUGCACACGCCGCAUGGGUUCUGUCCUCUGAAAAUGUGGCUCUCUGAAACUACGACCGCACCAGAAGCAGACGCGGAGGACUUUUAAACUUUCCCUACUGCGCCUGUUGAGCGUCGGUCAUCGGCGGUCGAUGAGAGCGGUCGUCUAUUUGAAAGUUGUAGCCGAGUUGCUUGGCUUUUUUGCUCCAUAUAGUGGGGUAUAGUUCACAAUAGAGCUUUUAUAUUAAGGAGCUUUGCAUUGACAGAAUGGUAAACGUUUUGUAUAAUUUGAUAUUUUCCUCGCCCUUUGCUUGUUUCUGUUGUUGUUCACGAUGUCCGGGCAAAUGUUGGUCGAAACUUUGUGUUAGAGAAAAUAAAUUUGGCUUUGAUAAUAAAAACUGUUUUGAAGCA